AUGAAGAUGGGAGCGGUUGGCUCGCCAAGGAGAAGGUUUUCCGGCAGAGGAUUAGGGUUAUCUCUCCGGGAGCGGAGAACCAGGCUUUAUAUAAUCCGGCGAUGCAUCAUCAUUCUCCUGUGUUGGCACGACUAA